AGAGAGAUCAUAACAGAGAAUAGGGCCGUUGUUUUUGCCUACUCAUUAGCUUCACCCUUCCUAUUAAUAACCCAAAUCAGAUUCCCACUAUUACUCUUCUAAAAAUAUGAUACAUCAGAUUCUCUCAUUCACAAUCACCUCCGGGUGAAAAGAACAAGGAAGAACAACUAAUAAUUCCUCAUGAGGUUCAACGCCGUCUACGGAUACGCCAAGGAGUGCUCCAAUGAGCUCAAGCCGGGCAUCAAGACCGUUGAAGAAACUGUCAAGAGCGUGGUGGGGCCUGUCCAUGAUAAGUUCCACCUUGUUCCCGAUGAGAUCCUCCGCCACACCGGUACCAAUCAAAACCACCACUGCACCGGACACAGGGCUCCCGUUGCCAACGUAGCCACUGUCUCGGAAACAGCGGUGAGGCUUUACUCCAAGUGCGAGCCCGUGGCAGAGCAGACUGUGGCUUCGGCAUGGCAGAAGGUGAAACAGUCUCCGAUGUUCCAUCGAGUGGACAAUGCAGUUGCGCCAAAGGCCGUGUAUUGCAAGGAGAAGUACAAUGCAGCGGUUAUUGGUGCCGUAGAGAAGGAACGUAAGGCCUAAGCGUACCUGCCUUUGGUGCAUACUGAGAGGAUAGCUAAGGUGUUUAGUGAAAUUUGAAGCAUGAACUAAUCAAUCUCUUUCUACCUUUAUUUUUUAAAUAUUCUUUGCUAGUAAUUAGUUACUGGCUGCAUUGUAAAUACAGAUAUCCUUUGUUCAUAAAUAAAUAAAAAUUAUUGUAACAGAAAAACAUUGUCCUGUGUUUUUCG